AUGACGAGUACAACUACGACUUCAACAACAACUACUACUACAACAAUAACUAUAUACAAAAAGAAGUUGUAUCGUCUAUCUGCUACUACUACUGUAAUUUGUUGUUAUGUUCUCUCAUCCUUUGUUAUUUUCUAUAUCUCUUUGUGUAUUUGUGCAUUAAAAAGUGAAGUUGAUAUCAAUUUCUGGAGGGACUGGCUCGAGCCACCCAAAAAUUGA